AUGGACGAUCAAGGUGACCCGCGUGGGUCCAAGAAACCCGGCUCGCGAGUCGCAACUCCGUUACACGAUCCUCAUCAUAUUAGUUCCCCUGGUGUUGAUGAAGAGGGACCUGGGACUCGACCAUCUGUGGCCACAGCUUCUCCCUCUCUCGCUGGGUCGGACCGGUUCAACCCAUUCAUCCGUCAUGGUAACGCGUUUUCCGUGAUGAGAGCACGAGGCGAGGACCUCAGCAAACUGCCUCUUCCUCUUAGGAGCGACGGGAACUCUGAUCCUGCAAGUCCUGUCGAUGAGUCCAAGCCAAGUAUCACCCGAAAGCGUUCAGGCCUGAACUACGAUGAGGAACUGGCACUCCCUAUGCCGAAACCGCGCCCUCGGCGUGAACCUCCUAUUGACGAGAAUCCCAAGAAGGGUGCAGAGGAUCCACAGCCGCGCUCUCAUCCUCGCCUCCAGAAGAAGAAGUCCAUGCCAGACACGACUCAUGCGAGGGCCACUGCUGACCCAGGCACGUCUUUAGAUGGGAAGAAAAAGUCCCGACUUGAAGCAAUCAAGUCAAAGCUGAGCUUCAAAGAUCUUCGCAAAGAAGCCUCCAAGGAUGAUGGUAGAAUCCCUGCGGUUCCCCGUAUGCCCACUUUCGAUAAGCAGAAUGCAUCCCAGCGUUCCGCGAGUGGCAGUGGAACUAUGGCAUUCUCGCCUAGCAUUUACAACUUCCAAGCUAGGUCUAAGCAGACGCUGAUGGCAAACUCCUCCGCCGUUCCUAUGACAUCUCCCGCCUCUGCAACGCAGCACAACACCGCACCCAGUCGACUUCCACUUGCUCCCUCGGGAACAUACACCCACGCGCAUGGAUCAAUGACUCCAUCGAAGGCCUCGACUAGUCAACGAGUCGAUAGCUGGGGGCGGGUGAAGACUGCUACUGAGUGUGUGGAAUCCAAGGAAACCCCGGCUGCUGCCACACAGCGGAGUGUCCCUGUCCCAGUGGGAAAGCAUAGUCCCAAUGUAUUGGGAGCUCGCCCCAACCCUGGAGCCUCUGCUACAAAGCGUUCACUGCCAACGUCACCGGCACUUGACUAUCCCCCUACCGGUGACUCGCCUCCAACACUGAGGGAUCUCACAGAGGGCUCGGGCAAGGUGAAGUAUCUCCCAAGGGGCUGGCUUGAGACCUCCACUCCCUCGACACCCUCGCCAACUGUCAAGUCCACUCGUCCAGGGCCAACCCCGUAUCCAGAGAGUGGGCCAAGCUCGGAUCAGCUCCCAAACUUCAUGCCAGGACUCGAGGAGCGUCUCGAGAAGAUUGGCCUUUCGCUCGACAAGCCAACCCCGCCAGGAAUCAAGAAUCUCAGUAUUGACAGCCAUGCGAAAGAUGUCCUUGACAUGCUUCGAGCUUUCCAGCGACGAACUGACUUGGGGAUCACCGGUCUGAAUCAGAAACUUGAUGACCUGGAACAGUGGCUUAAUGAUCAGCUCAAGACCAAGAUUGCAAGUGUCAGCGACCUUGAACGCACGAGCAAAGAACUUCACUGCCAGCAGAUCGCAAUUUCUUCAGAGCUCAGAAAGUUCAAUCUGGAUAUCCACAUAGAGAUGAGCGUGAUGGAUAGGCGCAUGAGCGUCGUCGAAAGCAAACUUCUGGACGAGAUGGAGACGGAGAUCACAAGUCUGGCUCUUUCUAUCCAGGAAAUGACCCAGAAAACUGAAGAAGCCAUCGAAAGGUUCUCCGCCCAGUCGGAUAAAGCUGCAAAGAUGGCGGAAGAGCAACAGGCGAAGAUCAAAGAGAUGGAGGAUGAGCUCGGGGAACUCGUCAAGAGACAGGCGAAUCGAAUUACAUCACAGCCAUCUCCAACCAAAAUACCGCGCUCUCCGAGGCUAGCCCGGCCAUCCUUCAGCGAGUCUGCCACUUCGACAAGCACUGAGCCUUCGAUCAAGCUACCACGCUCUCCGGAGUUUUCCCGGGCAUCCAUCGGGGGUUCUACCACUCCGACAAGCACUGAGCCUUUGAUCAAGCCUCCAGAGCCACCACUCCCACCGGUGCGAGUCUCCCCACUGCCACGUUCAGUGACGGCCAUCCCGCCCCGCCAUAGAGAGGCCACUAAGGCAAAAGACAAGAAUGAUUCCUCCUUCAAGCGCAGCCUGUCCAUCAAGAAGGGUCUUGCUGAUAUCGUCACCAGCGAUUCCGACGCCCAAAGCAAGCCUCAUAAAAGGGUUGGCAGUAACGACGAAUCAAAGAAGUGGAACAUCUUCGGCUUCCGUCGCCGUGGUACCAGCAACGAGAGCACCAACUCGAACAACAAUGGUUCGAACAAAUUCGGCUGGCUGCCUUCUCGUCGCUCCAGGGAUGGACGGGCCUCUGACAAUGGUAGCUCGCGUUCAGUGACUCCCCCUCCGCCAGUCCCACGAAAAAUUCUCCAGAACAUUGAGAAUAACAUCCACGCAGCGAGCCAAGUCCAUCCUGCAUUCAGAAACAUGAUCCAGCAAACCGUCAUGCAGGAUGAGUCCCUGAGUUCCCCGAGUACCCCGAGUACUCCCAUUGCACCUAUGCCCGCGCGGAUGGGCAGCCAGAUUGCUUGCACCGAUACCCAGCACAUGGGGGUCAUCACUGCAUCUGUCGCUCCUAGUCUGGCUUCCUCUCACGAACACCGGGGUGCAAGUAGGGAGCUGCUGUCUCCCGGUCUGCACAAGCGGACCCCGGAGUCAUUCAAUCACAGCCCAAAGAGUCCUAUGGCUAUUCGUUCGAUUGAGGAUAUGCGCCGUCCCCUUCUCUACUGUGGGGAGGAGGAGCACCAUGAAUGGGAUCAUUGCUCUUUGCACGAGGUCAAGUCUACAGCGUCACUGCGGUAG